AUGGCACAAAAUGGUAAGCAAUUGCUACGCGUUGAUCUCGAGGAACGAAAGAUAUUAAACAAGGGACAGAGUGACAUCACCCCAACCAUCACUCGCCUAAGCCCGCCCAACAAACAGGGUCCAAAGCAAGCUUUAAUCAAGCACUGUACCACUGCCGUGUUGAAGCGGGAUGGAACCAAUGUGGUGGUCGGCAGCAACUGUGCGGCUACCUCUGGAAGCUGGGUGUCGCCUUACGACAAUGUGCCCACUAACCUGGCCAGCGACCUCGAUAUUGAUCACGUCGUUCCUUUGAAGGAAGCUUGGGUGUCGGGUGCCCGCACUUGGACCAACGCGCAGCGCGAGGCCUUUGCAAACGACCUCGUCCGCCCCCAGCUUAUUGCUGUUACCGACUCACUAAACCAGGCUAAGGAUCCCGCCGAGUGGAUGGUCCCCCUCGCCAGCUACAGAUGCACCUACGUCCGGGCCUGGAUUCACGUUAAAUACCACUACAAGCUCAGCGUCGACCAAGCUGAAAAGACCGCCUUAACGAAUUACAUAAACGCUUGCUAA